AUGUCCAGUGCUGGUCAAUUUCAGAGCAACAUAACUGUAGGAAUCAGCUUACCGGGAAGAGUGGCGCUCUGCAUCAUCACCUCAGUACCAUGCUGUGUAUUCUUGUACAUAAAUGCAACUUUGCUUUAUGUCUUGAGGAGUAAACCGGUGCUGCGUGAAACCCCUCGAUACAUUCUCCUGUUUAACCUUCUCUCUGCAGACACUGUGCUGAUGUUUUUGAGUCAGUUUCUGUACAUACUGAAUGCUUGUAGAAUACGGUUGACUUAUCCUGUGUGUGGGGCUGUUGUCAUGCCAACCAUUCUGACUCACGAGAUCUCUCCUCUCAUACUGGUUGUAAUGUCUCUGGAGAGGUUUGUAGCUGUGUGCCACCCUUUCAGGCACGCCACCAUCGCCACCAUCAGAAACACAGGGAGGGCUGUGAUCCUGGUCUGGGUCUUCAGCUCACUAAAUGUGCUCAUUCAAGUUACUUUGAUGUUACAGUUUCCAUUUAAAGACCUGGACACUCUGCAGAUGACAAAGCUCUGCAGUACAUAUUCCAUUUUGACUCUCCCAAUUUCUAAACUCUAUGAGAAAGUGUUGAAAUAUUUUCUGUUGGUAGUAGCUGCUGUUGUGAUCACUUCCUCUUACAUUGGUGUAGUGAUAGCAGCCAGAUCAGCUUCCACAGACAAAGCUUCAGCUCAGAAGAGUCGUAACACUCUGCUGCUGCAUUUAGUUCAGCUGGGCCUCACUCUUUUAUCAACUCUGAACAGCCCCAUGCUCACAGCCUUGUCAGAAGUCCUGACAGGGGUUGUAGUUGUGCUGAUCCAGGUUGUUCUCUAUGUGUUUACUGUCAUCUUCCCCAGAUGUCUGAGCUCUCUGAUUUACGGCAUCAGAGACCAGACAAUCAGGCCUUUACUCAUGUACCACCUCUGCUUUCAUAUCAUUUUUAGACGCUUCUUUAAAGGCUGA